CGAGUCCCAUAGCUAUAUAGCUAAUCAGCAUAUGAUUUGCCGUAUCGCCUAGAAAGGCGAAGACCAGACUUCUGCCCUUGUAAGAAGAGUGCAGGUUUCCGGACUUCGUCAGAAGUUGAUCAUUUGUUAUUGUUCAUCAAGCAAUUCCUUCUUUCAGAAGUUGGUGGAAGUGGAAUUGUAUCUUUUCUGAUCUUUUCUGUUUGCUCAGCCGCUCAGCGGGAACAAAGACCAACAAAUCGCAAGACAUGGUGGGCUCAAAGCUUGGAUCAAGUCAGGUAGCCCCCAGAUCACAGCAGUUCAAGUUGCUUGACAUCUUCUACAUUUGAGAAUGGCUUUUUGCUCAAUGCUCAUGCUCCUCACGGCUGCAUCAUCCACUCGGAUUGUUGAUCACCUUGACAUGGAGAUCACAGAGAUGGUCCAAACCAAUUCAUCAGAAGAGCCCCCGAAGUAUGGAGAGAAAUGUGGCUGCCGCAGCACGAUUUACUACAAACAGCCAGAGGGGUGCUGCGAAAAAGGCUUGGUAUGCGAACUUGAAACAGGCACUUGCAAGCUGGCUCUUAAUUCUCCAUGUGCUCCCAAGAAGAAGGGCCUGAAGAGCCUUUUUUCGAGAAAGCAGAAGUGUGCUGGGCAGAAUACGUAUGUGGGACGUGGACUUACAUGUAAGUGGAUACCCGACAUUCAAGACUCAAUUUGUUGCAUCAAAUCGGGCUUCAAGCCCGUUCACCCCAAUGCUGGAUGUUGCAAGGGCACGGACAUGACCGUCACAAGGCUCAAUGCCAAAAACGAUUGGAACCUCCUCGACUCCGGAGGUGACCCAAAGUUGAUCACCUUUACUUGCGGAUGAUACCAAUUGCAUCCAAUUGCGAUGCUGCAUAGACAGUGAUCAAGGAGGAAGACGAAAGCAAGCACCAACACUCGAAGUGGUGUACCUUUCAAACUUUCAAUGUGAUUGCAGCGCAGUGGACUGAAGAAAAAGGCGUGCUAAACGCAAGGUGUUUCAUCGCAUUUGCAGUAAGAAUUCUGUCUAUUCUCUACUAGCAAUGGCCUCCAACCUACUAUUUCUGUCGAAUGUGGUGUGUUGGGUUGGGCUGGUUGGGCCCCUUUGUUCCACAGCUAUUUAUGCCCAGUAGCAGAGGAUGCAGAGGGGCCACCCAAGCAGCGAUGCUAAGCCAUGCUAAGACCCCGCUGUAGAGACCUGCGAC